CCACUGAGCCAGCAGCCCAAGUGUGUGUUGCAAAGUAACUGGGAGACUCCGCCAUGAACUGGCUUCUGACUGAGCACAGCAUGCCUACAGCAUUAUGAGAGUUACAAUACUUUGCAAGCCCCGAUACCUUCAGAAUAUUUAAUAUUGAGUUCCCACAAAGGAAUAACAUACUAGAGAAGAUGCCAGACAGAUUUCCACCAGUGAAACCAAAGCCCCGAUACACACUGGAGUGGCGCAAUAAUCCUCAUCCUAUACAUGCUAAAUUCAUUAAGACAAACCCCAAAUUUUUAAAUGAGCCAGUACUUUACAUGGAGACAGAGGACACCAAAACAAAGCAGGGUCACUGGUGGCCAACCGAUGGAGCUUUUAUGCAGCGUCCGAAGGCACCUUAUGACAAGCAGAGCACUCAAAGAAGUGAUUUCCAGAAGCCAAACUGUAUAUUGGUUCGGCCCAUUAAAUACAACAGCAAGCAGCAGCCUUCCCGUGGAAUAGUUCCACUCACUUCUCCACGACUGCCAGCCAGCCUCCCGAGACUUUUCCAGGAGCAGCUCACUUUCAAACAUGAUUACAAUGCCAGAGCAACUCCCUGUAUCCCGUAUCAAGGAAAGAAACGCGGCACUUUUGUGUGGACCGAGAUAAAACCGACGACGGUUCCAGAGGGAACCAAAACACAGUCUUGUGCUCCUCAGGGAUCCAGAUUGUUGGAACAGCCAAAAACAGAGAAAGGAAGCUCAGUGGGAAACGGAGUGAUCUCAGCCUGCCUUCGCUUGCCGGAAUCCCAGGAGACACCAUCAGGCUCUGACACUCACUUAUCAAAACCAGACAUUGGUGCAGGAGCCAAGGCAGACCCCAAAACCACUGAGAAAGGACAAGAGAGUUCAGGGAUUUCUCAGACAAACAAAAGGAAUGAUAGUUGUCCUCCUGGCGAGAGGCCUUCCAGUCCAGCAAAGGUUUCCUCUGAGAGACCACAAAGCUUGUUACCUCCUGUUCUCCAACCUUUACAACCAGUUGGAGAAAGACAAACAGCCUAAAAGGACUAUUCAACUGAUGGGGAGUUGAUCUGGUUGUAAUUUCAGUGACACCAAACACAAGCCGACACCAGCAAAUUGUUCAAGGCGACAACACCCUCUUAACUUUUACAUAAGAACAGCUGCAAUCUACUUUGAUGGCUUCUUGGAAAAUGAGGGGCCUAUUAAAAAAGGCACUCUGAAUGUUUUAUUCUCACUCCCCAGUUGGCACAGGGAAAUGUUCUUUUCUCUCCAAACAAUUAUGCAGAUUAUUCUUUUGCCUGUUAUUACUUACUCAUAUGAAGUUAUCUGGAUUGCCCAUUUGCUGGGGAGAGAUGUCCAGGCUGAGUGAGAAUAUUAAGAAUGCAUAAUUAACUAUUAAUAUCAGGGUUGGGUUGUACCUGUAUUGGACCACUAAAAUUAUCAUUGCAAGAGUAAUCUUAGUGAUAGUUUAGCAUUCCAAUAAAGAUGUCAUCCUAAUUCUUUUUAGAUAGUGCUUAUUGAUAGCACAGUUCUAUUUAUUUUGUUUGUUUAGCAAUUAAUAAUGCAGAAACAAAAUCAAUUUUUAACUGUUUUUAAAAUCUAAAUGCAAGGAUUGGAGAAAAGCAGUGGGAGAGAG